AUGGCGGCCACCACACCAGCAAACAACACUAAAGCCGCCCGCAAACAACCAUCGGCUUUUUUCAAGGGUGCCAACCGAGUCACCAAAAAGCCACUCUUCACAACGAGCCAAGAAAUUGGCAUGAAGGCUGUCCAGGCGAUCAGGACGGCCCCCUACAAGACAACAGAGAGGCACCGGCCGCAAACUUCCGGGGCGAGUGGGAACAGGUCAUCCAAAGCGGUGACAAUCACCAGAAAAGUUCAAAUGCCCAAAGUGGUAUAUGAACCCGUGCUGGAGAGGACUUCGGCAAUCACAGACGAGGAGGCCUGGGACAAGCUCAUGGCCGAGGGGAAGGCUGAGAAGGAGGCCAGGGAGGCGGGGUUAGCUGAGUCCCCGGAAGAGAGGAGGGCGAGGAAGCAGAAGGAGAAGGAGGCCCAGUUGGCCAGGCGCAAGAAGGCAUUGGGGAACUGA